AUGGCAGAGGUAGAACCGGCGAUAGUCGCAGCUCAAUUACGCGUCGCUGUACACGAUCUUCGUGUCCGUGGACUGAAUCAAGCGCGACAAUUUGCAGCAGAGCUUCUUCUAGGCAUGGGAGAGGCUGCAUACAAUUCCUUGUCGCAUGAGAUGAAGGAGAUCGACAAUGAAAACGAGCCUGAAAAGUGGGCAGAGAGCGAUCGUUUUGAGGCUGCCAAGGCUUGUUUUGAUGUGGGGGAAUAUCUGCGUGCUCAUGCCUUGUUAUCGUCAAGUCCUGAGAGUCACGGGGAUGCAUUCUGUACCCUUACGCACAAAUUUCGCUUUCUUAAAAACUACUCGCUCUUCCUGGCUGGAGAAAAGGCAAAAGAGGAGAUGGAUCUAGAGAUGAAUGUCACAGGCAGUAGUAAAGAGAUGGACCGUAAUCUGCAUCACCAAGCUACAAAUCCUCAUCUUAAAGAGCUGUACCUGUCGCUAAGUGCCGCGUACCAAUUGAACGCACUGGAUGGAUUUGGUCUCUACCUUUAUGCUGUUGUAUUAAAGCGCUUAGGCUACAGCACUAGCAUUGGGAGUACGCAAGCCCAAUCGUCGACCCCAACGAGUAUGAAGACACGGCAUCGCGCGGAUUUUGCUGAAGAACAAAAGCGCCAGCAAGUACAUGAUCUCAACGCCGACGCUAGCAGGAGAGAUACUAAAAGCGAGUCAGGUGUAUCCACUACGCUGACAUUUGACGUCACAACGCGAUUCAUCCUGAUAGAAUCGAUUCGUCGCUAUCCGUGGAAUUGGUCAAGCUGGAUGGAACUGGCAGCACACUCUCCUUUCACAUCUAACGAAGAAGAAGUGAUCCUGGCGACAAGCUGUCGCUGGAUGUUCCAACUCUUUCAAGCACAUGUUCUGCUUGACCAACAGCAGAAUGAUGCUGCGCGCACGAUCCUGACAGGCUUAGAAGAACAUUUUCCGCAAAGCACUUACCUUUUGGCGCAACAGGCUUUGACAAGCUACCAUAUCCGUGACUUUGAUCAGUCUCAAAAACAGUUCGAGCGUCUAGCUGCGCAAGACCCGCAUCGUUUGGAAAAUAUGGAUGUAUACUCAAACGUGCUGUACGUGAAAGAGGACAAGACCGAACUCAGUCGAUUAGCGCACCGAGCUCUUAAAGUGGAGAAGUACCGGCCGGAGACGUGCUGUAUCAUUGGAAAUUACUACUCGAUCAAGAACAAGCACGAUCGCGCGAUUAUUUAUUUUCACCGCGCGCUAAAGCUUGAUCCUAAUUUCCUUUCGGCCUGGACACUCAUCGGCCAUGAGUAUAUCGAGAUGAAGAACACAAGUGCAGCCAUUGAAGCCUACCGCCACGCGGUUGAUCUCAACAUACGGGAUUAUCGUGCUUGGUAUGGACUUGGGCAGGCUUACGAAAUUCUCAACAUGUUCCUAUACAGCAUCUACUACUACCGUAAAUCUGUGGCGAUUCGUCCUUAUGACGCGCGCAUGUGGUGUGCUUUGGGUGGCUGUUACGAAAAACUGGAUAAGGUUGAUGAAGCUCUCGCGUGUUUCCACCGUGCCGUUAAUAAUCAAGAUCGUGAAGGCAUCGCAUCAUACCACCUAGGCCGACUCUAUGCGGCGCGUGGUCAGCAACAUGAUGCUGCCAAGUACUACCGGGUGCACCUCGGUCUUCGAAGCGUUCCAGCAACACUUUUGCAAGAGCAGGAUGGCAUCAAGAGAAAUGUGCCAAUUGACUAUAAGCACAAUAGCGAAAACCAAAGAGAAGAGCUUGUUCUCCCCGGUGGCUGUGGUGGUAACAUAUGCGUGGAUACCGCCCCAGCACUGGCAGCGAUACUGUUUCUUGCCAACUACUAUAAGCAGCUGGGCAAGUUCCCCGAAGCGACAAUCUUCUGCAACCGUUUACUGGAUAUACAAGGGCCGGAAAAAGAGGAAGCCAAGGCACUUUUACGGGAAAUGCACUGUUUGGAAGCAAAUCGUACGCAAUAUGCUUUUACUGGAGGAACUUAG